AAAAAAAAGCCUUUGAACAAGCAAUGGCUGCUUCUUCUCCUAUUAAGUGUCGCCCCUUGGCAAAUUUUCACCCAACUGUUUGGGGAUAUCAUUUCCUUUCUUAUGCUCCUGAAAUUAGUAACCAAGAAAAAGUUGAAGUUGAUGAGUACAAAGAAACAAUCAGGAAAAUGCUUGUGGAAGCUCCAGAGGGUAGUGAAGAAAAACUUGUGUUGAUAGAUGCAAUGCAACGAUUGGGAAUGGCAUAUCAUUUCGAUAAUGAAAUUGAAACAUCCAUUCGAAACAUUUUUUAUGCGUCCCAACAAAAUGAUGACAACCUUCAUGUUGCUUCUCUUCGUUUUCGACUUGUGAGGCAACAAGGUCAUUACAUGUCUUCAGAUGUCUUCAAGCAAUUCACCAACCAGGAUGGGAAAUUCAAGGAAACACUUACUAAUGAUGUUCAAGGAUUAUUGAGUUUGUAUGAAGCAUCAAAUCUGAGAGUGCGCAAUGAAGAGAUUCUUGAAGAAGCUCUUACCUUUACCACAACUCAUCUUGAGUCUAUUGUCUCCAACUUGAGCAAUAACUCUCUUAAGGUUGAAGUAACUGAAGCCUUAAAACAGCCUAUUCGCAAGACUUUACCAAGGGUGGGAGCAAGGAAAUACAUAUCCAUUUACGAAAACAAUGAUGCACACAACCAUUUGCUUUUGAAAUUUGCUAAAUUGGAUUUCAACGUGCUGCAAAAGUUCCACCAAAGAGAACUUAGUGAGCUUACAAGGUGGUGGAAAGAUUUGAAUUUUGCAAAUAAAUAUCCAUAUGCAAGAGACAGACUGGUUGAGUGUUACUUUUGGGUAUUAGGAGUGUAUUUUCAGCCAAAGUAUAGUCGUGCUAGAAAAAUGCUAACAAAAGUACUCAAGAUGACCUCAAUUAUUGAUGACACUUUUGAUGCCUAUGCAACCUAUGACGAACUUGUGCCCUUCAAUGAUGUCAUCCAGAGAUGGGACAUUAGUGUGAUUGAUUCACUACCGCCAUAUAUGAGACCUGCUUAUCAAGCCCUUCAAGACAUUUACAAUGAAAUGGAACAAUUAUUGACAAAAGAAGGUAACUCGGACCGUGUAUACUAUGCAAAAUAUGAGAUGAAAAAGUUGGUGAGAGCCUAUUUUAAGGAAGCUCAAUGGUUGGAUGCUGGCUAUACUCCAAAAUAUGAGGAGCAUUUGGAGAAUGCACUAGUAAGUUGUGGGUAUAUGAUGGCAGCAACUACUUCCUUGAUCGGCAUGGACGAAUCUAUAAGCCAAGAGACUUUUGAAUGGAUGAUAAAUGAACCUUUGAUAGUUCGUGCAGCAUCGAUAAUUAACAGACGAAUGGAUGAUAUGAUUGGACAUGAAACUGAACAACAAAGAGAACAUGUAGCUUCAACUAUUGAAUGCUACAUGAAAGAAUAUGGAGCGUCGAAGCAAGAGACAUAUACUAAGUUUCACAAAGAAGUAAUCAAUGGAUGGAAGGACAUAAACAAAGAACUCAUUCGUCCAACUGAAGUACCAAUGUUUGUUCGCGAACGAGCUUUAUAUUUCGCAUGUGUGAUGGACACUUUAUAUAAAGAGGAAGAUGGAUACACAAACUCCAAAGGCAAACUUAAAAACAUGAUUAACUUGUUACUGGUUGAACCUGUCAAGAUAUGA